CACAACUCUAGUGUGAAGGUUUUUGGAAGGAGAACGUGUUGGUUUGGAAAAUAAAGGAUGCACAUCAAAUGUGCCCAUCAGCUAACCUUUCAAAUGUAUCAUAAAAUUUUGCAGAGUACAGCGGUUGUGAGGAGUAGAUGUAUACAGACAUCAGCAGUCCAUUUAGCUGGAGGCCGAUGGAGAGUUGAGAGAGGACUGCCAGAAAAUAACAAUCGAUAUGGACCUUUGACAGAUCUCCCCGAUUAUUCCUUUGUAGAUGGCAGACCAACUCCUAUAGGUCGGGGACAGCUGAGAAGAAAACAGACAAACCUUGAACUUGCUAAACGGAUUCAGAAAUUGGUAGGAGAAGUGAACUUUGCAAAGGAACGGUAUCAGAAAAUACAGGAAGAUGCUCAGAAAGAGAGAGAGAGACUGUUGAAGAGAAAACUAAAACCCAAGUGUGAUUCUUGAUACAUGAUUCAUUGUGUGCCGUGAUUAGUAUGGAACUGGGAUCAGACUUAAUACUGGGCAUGUACAUACUUCACACCAGUUGAUCCUCAUUGUAGUCUAUGUCUAAUUUGAACAACACGCAGUGAUAGAAAUAAGCAGAAUUUUUCACUUGUCCACCAGACAAAUACAUCUAGAAAUCUACUUGUCCGCCAACAUUUGCACUGAAAAAUUAUUUGUUUUAUUUAAAUACCAGGAUGAUGUUUUUGAUUGCUCAAAAUUUAACUGCACUGAAAAUUUCUACUUGUCCACUGGACAACCACCGAGGCAUAUUUUGCUUGUCCGAAUAGAUUUUCACUUGUCGGGACAAACGGACGUGUUUAUUUCAGACACCGACAGAAGAUGGGACUAAGCUGAUUUAGCUGUGGUGUUUGCUGAAUUCGCAAACUAUGAAUUUUAAAACCAAUUGGUGAAAUAAUUUCGUAUAAUAAUUGCUGUUUGUUAGAAAAUAACUGGUUUCUGCAAUUUUUAAAGUUUUAAUAGACAAUUUGGUGAAAUGUUUUCUUCAUCUAAGGGUAGCCCUCAGUAAGGUUUGUCAUUAGGUAAAAGUAGAAAAUCCUUACUUAUAUAAUCAUAAUUCAUAUUGUCGUGCUAUAGCAAUCUGCAUUUGAAAAGUCCACAUGACUUAAAUCAAAGGCUAUGAUAUGUACUGUCAUGUCUGGGAAACUUCAUAUAAAAAUUAUUUGCUGAUUUCUUCGCAUUUGUCACCUUUGAGAUGUAGAUUAAAAUGUGCUAUGGUGUCAUUUAAACAAAUAUUUUGUUACUUUCAUUAAAAUGUCCAUCUUUAAACUGGUGCUAGUAUUGUUACAGAAGCCCGAUUACUUGACGUUUUCCAUUGUUUAAAGACUAUUGGGUAGUUUUGUAGUACCCGAUACAAGAUCAUGAUAAACAGGUUUGAAACUGAAA